AAAAAAGUACUCUCUAUCUAUUUAUAGUUAUCUGACGGCUAUAUACCUCGUCACGUUCUCAUCUAAAAGAGAAAAAAGUUUUAACAUAGUUCAGUUCUAAGUUUUAAAAGAGAUCCUAAUCGCAGUUUAGCGAGACAUGUCGAUACCAGAGGAAGAAGUUGGACUUCUUGAAGAUUUAGUUAACGACUCCGUCGACCACCAUGGAAACCCCGCCGUGAGAGCUUCCACCGGAGGAUGGAGAUCGGCCUGUCUCAUAAUAGGUGUGGAAGUUGCAGAGAGAUUUGCUUACGUUGGGAUUGCAUGCAAUAUGAUCACUUAUCUGACCGAACAGAUCGGUCAGUCGACGGCGAAUGCCGCCGUGAAUGUGAACACGUGGAGUGGAACAGCCUCGACGCUUCCUAUAAUAGGAGCUUUCGUAGCAGACGCUUAUCUCGGUCGUUACCGGACAAUUCUUGGAUCUUCCCUCAUCUACAUACUGGGGCUUGGACUACUGACCUUCUCGGCUUCCCUAACCCUUAUGGGAUCAUCUGAAGAGCGUAAACCUUCUAUCUUGAUGAACGUACUUUUCUUCUGCUCUCUGUAUCUUGUGGCCAUCGCACAAGGAGGUCACAAGCCGUGUGUUCAGGCGUUUGGUGCGGACCAGUUUGACUCGGACCAUCCUAAAGAGAGAAUAGCUAGAGGAUCGUUUUUCAACUGGUGGUUCUUGUUUUUAUCCGGAGGAAUAGCCGUAUCGAUUCUUGUGAUGGUGUAUAUUCAAAGCAACGUUAACUGGGCGUUUGGAUUUGGGAUCCCUUGUUUGUUCAUGGUUAUGGCUCUUGCUAUCUUUUUUCUCGGGAGAAAAACCUAUAGGUAUCCAAAAAGCCACGAGAAGAACAACAACGGUUUUGUAAGGAUCGGUAGAGUUUUCAUCGUGGCCUUCAAGAAUCGGAAACUGAUUAGUUUAAAACAUUCUGGUCAGCUCGAUGCUGGACUUUUUUUUAAAAAACUAGUGCGCUUGUCUUGUUUUGACGUUUAUUUGUGUGUGACAAGAUUCCUUGCAAAAGCGAUGCUCCUAGGAGAAGAAGGUGUGGAGCCAUGUAAUAAUAUGGACGUGGAAGACGCUAAGGGUUUGGUAAUGCUUAUUCCGAUAUGGAUCACAUCGAUGAUGAGCAUGGUUCCUUACGCCCAAUACUCUACUUUCUUCACCAAGCAAGGGGUCACCGUGGACAGAAGAAUCUUGCCGGGCUUGGAGAUCCCUCCAGCUUCUUUUUUGUCCCUCGUGUCUAUAUCAGUUCUCAUCUCAGUUCCAAUCUACGAGCACGUGUUCCUGCCUAUAGCCAGAAAGAUUACUAAAAGGCCUAAUGGGAUCACAAUGCUCCAAAGAAUAGGAACCGGAAUGGUGCUUACGUGCGUCAACAUGGUGCUCGCAGCAUUGGUGGAAGCCAAACGGUUGCGAAUCGCUGAGGAACACGGGCUCAUUGACAAACCGGACGUGACCAUUCCAAUGUCUAUAUGGUGGUUUGUACCUCAGUAUAUGUUGGUCGGGAUGAUCGAAGUGUUUGGUCUGGUAGGUGCCCAAGAGUUCUUCUACGACCAGGUCCCCACAGAGCUGAGAAGUAUCGGUCUUGCUUUUUCUUUGAGUUCGUUGGGUCUUUCGAACUUCUUGAGUGGUCUUCUCAUCAUUGUUAUUGACUGGGCCACAGAAAGAGAUGGUGGACACAGCUGGUUUAACAAUAACUUAAACCGAGCUCAUAUUGAUUAUUUUUACUGGUUGCUAGCCGCAUCCACGGCCAUUGCUUUCUUUGCUUUCGUGUUCAUUUCCAGAUCGUAUGUUUAUCGUCGGGUAGACUAAGUCUAAAUAAUUAGAAGUCAACAUAAGUUGACUUCAAAAAAUAUCAUAUUUGUUUGGUCCAACUUUGUAAGUUACCGUUUUAUAAAUUUAAUUUGUUGUUUUCGUCUCAAAA